AUGGUAGCUCUUUUGGCUGCUCUAUUAUGCACCGCACAACAUUGGUGUUUUGUUCAGUCGACUUCGUCUGUAGAAUGUCGUCUCUCGCUCAUAUUAUCGACCAAACAAGCGGAGGUGUUAGCGGUCACGAUAACAUUGCUCCGCAAUCGGUUGGCGUUAGAGCCCGACGUCGAAUUAGGCGAAAUGCGUGCUCAAAAUGAGAGACUGGAAAAGCAGAUUGCUGAAGCGAGUUCGACAUUGGCGCCAUCAGAAGGUCCUACUGAUGUAGACGACGGAGAUGACAAAAGGAUUACAGAAGACAAGUCCACCCCUUUGGCUAUCCAAGACCAGGAGCAGCAGCCGUCUACGUCGACAUGCAAUGCAUCAGACGGAGACUACAGAUUGGCGGCACUGGAUAAAAUCGACGAUGCAGUAGGACAGUCGACGUCAGGCGAAGAGAAUAUCCUGGCAGCUUUGGAUACGAUCGACUUCAACGAUACGAUAGUUGAUAAUAAGUUGGCCAAUGUCCAGGAAGUACUGAAGAAAAAUGGAUAUCAAGUGCACGGAUGA